AUGACGCAAUGUUCUUCGCCGAGAGCUUGGAGGGUCGGCGGGUCGGCGCUUGGCACAGCCCAACCACCGGACCAGCACAACAACAUCAACUCGAGGUCGAACUAUCCUGUCCGUCUCCACUUCUCCCCACUCUCAAUGCAUCCCAUCUCAGUCGCUGCCUGGAUCCGCGAACUCGAAGCUCCCACUCCCACCCGCACUCGACCAUAUCCUUCUCCCUCGCGCACUUGCAAGCGACGGCAGCCCGACAAUUGGGAGGCCCCGCGCCCGCGAAAGCAGGCACGCCGUGUUGUGCUGGGCGAGAUGGCGGCGAACGACCAGAACAUUUUCAUGCCUUCCUCCAAGAGCAAAUCGUCACGCCCAAAAAAAAGUAUUGACAAGAAGCGCAUGCGCACGCCCUCGCCUUCGAAAAAUCAGCGCCAAUUUCCCGACGACGCGUAUUCGUCCGACGAUAUCGACAAUGCGACCCCUCGCCCGGACCGCUUCGCACGCAGCGCAUAUCCCAUUCCUAACCUCUCAUACAGAGACGCUAUUGCCAACGAGCCCAUCGAAGACGGCGACGACCUCCAGGCCUGUUCGCCUACUCGAUCGUACACACAGUCGCAAUCUUCCAACCGCUCGACCAGCCCCAAGAAGAUCACUUCUUUAUGGAACGUUGGAAAUGGGGUGACAUACACACACUUGGCGAACACGACCGCUUCGAAACGUAAGCAGCUCGGUGGAAACGGGUUUGCUCUCUUGGAGAAGCUGGAGGAUGUGGGCGAUGGGGCUGUAGUGCCUGCAAAACUCAAACAACGGCUGGCGGAGGCGGAUAUGGGCAAGGUAAAGCAGCACCAUUUCGAUACAUCGGAUGAAAGGCCCGUGGACGAGCUGCUGUGGGAGCUGCGGACCAUACAGGACAUCAUUUCGCUGUCGCACCGGUGUUCUGUUAACGGGACCAUGGGACUGAGUGGAACAAUCGCGUGCACACCAAGGUGCUGGAGCUGGCGUUGGGAAACAAUGAGACGAGUGUUGGGUUCCGAAGCGUCUAGAAUUACACCGGAAUAUCGCCCCACGCAUUCGAACAACCUCACAACUGGCAAGAUUGUUGACUACGCCAUUCACCUUGAGCCCUCUAGUCGUUCACACGACAUUAUAUCAUCCCUUAUUGGCAUGUCGACCGAUUCCAUUAACCAUGUUGGCUACGAGGGUCUGCGCUCUCGACCUAUCGCUGUAUCGAUCGAGACCAAGACGGAGAGUCGGACUGUGGAGGAGGCGAAGGUACAACUGGGUGUGUGGAUGGCGGCGCAGGUGUCACGGAUCGAGACACUCGUAGGGCAGCCUACUCCGCUUGGGGUGAAGAAGCCGGCAGCAGAGGCACGGCCUUACCGAUUUGAAUCGGAGAUGGUCACACGAGGUCGACGGAAAAGCCGGGGGAGAGGUGGGAGAAUAUCGCGAGCCCAGCAGCCACAGACGCAGGAACCAACCCCGACUCCCGCCGUCGUGAUGGUCCCGGAUCCCUCUGAUAUCCUCUCACAGACUGAAUUUCCACUCGUCGACAUCCAAUCCGAGGCGUGGUCGCUCUUCUUCGCUCGGGUCAUGCCCUCAAACGCUCCCCCGCCAUCGAAUUCGGAUAUUCGCAAACCACUGUCGAAUAUUCAAAUCUUCCAUUCGGUUCCCUUAGGAAACACGGCGAAUACAGUGCAGACAUAUCGGCUGGUCAAGAGCUUAAAGGUGCUGAGGGAUUGGGUCGAUGGGGACUUCCGCAAGUGGUGGGAUGGGCUUCUAGGGGUUCGCGACGCUGAAGCGGGCGGUGGGUGA